AUGCUUGCUCAUGAAGAUCGCACCGAGAAACUAACUGCUGUGGCCAAACGCAAGCUUCAAAAGUAUCAGAGCAAAAAAGCCAACAAGACUGAAUCAUCCGAAUCUGAUGCCACGAUAAUUGAGACAGAGAAUUCCAACUUAAGAGAUCAAUUGAGACAAGCGAAUGAAAAGAUCCGUGAUUUGGAAUCUCAAAUUGAAAUCAAUCGUCUUGCUGAUGGUUUUCAUAAAAUGAGAAAACCAGAAGAGCAGUUUAUUGCUACUCUUUUAUCUGAUGAUGACUUGGAUGCCUACGAACAAGAAGAGAGGUAUAUCAUGGAGAGUGCGAAAAGGCGCAUUAAGGAUUUGCGUGAAAGAUAUAGCCAGACCAGGGCUGAGAGAACUUUUGUACUAAUACAAAGUCUGACUUCUCCUUUAGAGCUAUGUGGAAACUGUUUGGGAGAUCUAUUGGAGAUUUGA